GCUCUGUGCUGGAGUGAGGUUGCUCCUCCCUCCUUCAGAGAUGAGGAGAUAUAAAGCCCUCUCCCUCUCCUUUACUAACACCUCACUGGACACACUCAACACUUGUUGCUUACCGGGAACUCUGCAAAUAAAGCGCCCCAACGAUUUCUUUCAAGGAAUUAUCUUUUGAUGAAAUUGUUAAAAGACGAAUUCCAGGCUGCCUGCGUACAUUUAUCUGCAUUUCCCACUUCAGCUAGAUUCACCUGGAAUGGUUAUAUAACGGUGUAUUGGCGUUAUUUGCGGUGAAAGCAUGGAUUGGUUCGGUGUAAACAUCAGUAACUCCACUUUGGAAAGCGCUCUGUCUGGGGAUGUGCCGCGAGAUGAGCGCUUGGCUCAGGUGGAAAUAGCUCUUCUGUCCAUCAUCUUCAUCAUUGCAGGAAUCCUGAACUCUGGGGUUUUGUUGGUGCUGUGGAAGCGGAGGAAGCAGCUCUCCAGGAUGCGCGUCUUCGUUUUCCACCUCUGCGUCGCCGAUCUGGUGGUCACAUUUUUCCAAGUUUGUCCGCAACUCAUGUGGGACAUCACUGACAGAUUCGUCGGUCCAGAUGUAUUGUGUCGCAUAGUGAAGUACCUGCAGGUGGUCGGGAUGUUUGCCUCCACCUAUAUGAUAGUAGUGAUGACGAUAGACCGAUACCAAGCCAUCUGCAACCCCAUGGUAACUUUCCAGAAGCGCAGGGCGCGCUGGAACGGUCCGGUGUGCGCCGCCUGGUGCGUCUCUCUCAUCUUCGGCCUCCCGCAGAUCUUCAUCUUCUCUCGGGUUGAGGUCGCCCCCGGAGUGUACGACUGCUGGGCGCAGUUUAUCAAGCCGUGGGGACCGAGAGCGUAUGUGACCUGGACGACUCUGGUGAUAUUUGUCCUGCCCAUUCUCACGGUGAUCGUGUGCCAGGUGCGCAUCUGCCGCACCGUGCACUUUAACUUUCACAUGAAGACGCAGCACGUCGGAGCGGUGGUCAGUAAGCCGCUGUCCUCCAGGGCCAGCAGCGUCGCAGGGGUGUCCAAGGCGAGGGUGAAGACUGUGAAGAUGACCAUGGUCAUCGUGCUCGCCUACAUCAUCUGCUGGACGCCUUUCUUCACCGUGCAGCUCUGGUCGGUCUGGGACGUCGAGGCGCCCACUGAGACUGCAACCUUCACCAUAUUGAUGCUGCUGGCAAGUCUGAACAGCUGUGCGAACCCCUGCAUCUACCUAAUGUUUAGCGGGAAUCUGCACAAGAGACUGGUGGCCCUGAUGUGUGUGGAUCAGCCUGAUCUGAAGGGGUCCAUCCAGGAGGAGGCCACCAUGGUCAGCUCCCUGUACAUCAGCCUCAAGAGCCUGUCAGACUGCAGAUAAAAGUACUGACGUGUCAAACGCUUCUCUCACCUCAGGCUGGUGAAUGUGGUGCAAAACUGUGGCUCUCAUGAGGAAGACUUACUGGAAACCUCUAAUAAGUGUGAGGACAAACAUCAUAGCAGAACUGAGAGUUCCUGUAGUAGCAGUAUUUUAAGACCACAUUGUAGAAAUUAACAGCCAAUGAAAAGGUUUCAUGUGGAAACUCACUACAGAGUUCCAGACACAACGAAAUGUUUAUGGGGAUAUUACAGUGGAACAUUAACUAUG